AUGACCCUGCAAAAUGAGACGACCCCGCUGCUGCGCACCUCAAGCGGGCAGCAGGAAGACGCUCCGAAAGGGUGGUUCAAGCGGGCGCUCCGGACCGUGUUCCAUGUCGAGAACCGCAUCUUGUUUGCCGGCUUCCUCAUCACUCUCUCCUUUAGCUUCACCCAAGUCCCGCUGCUUUACGUAUUUCGGUUGAUGGAGUGCGAUAUCUACUAUGACACCCAUCCUCCGUAUGAAGGCGACGGCGAUCGCUGCAGUGUCAAUUCCAUCUCAGCAGGCACUGCCACCCAGUUCAGUAUUUUGGGCAUGAGCACAACUCUUUGUGGAACGAUAAACUUAUUCGUUACCGGAUGGAUGUCGAAGAAGUAUGGGCCUCGCGCGGCGAUCCUCGUCCAGACGUUUGUGCCCGCCAUCCGCGUUUUGACCCAGAUCAUCGGCGUCGUGGCUGGGAGGAGGGAAGGCAUCCUCAUUAUCCAGGCUACUCAAUUGAUCACCAUUCUCGGAGGGCCGGCAGGCUAUAUUCUCAUGGCGAAUAUCAUUACUGGAGAGCUCGUUGAGCCAACGAGGCGCACCGCCGUCUUCGGUCAACUCCAAGGAACCAUCAUGCUGGGUCAGGGUAUCGGAUACCUAGUCGGAGGCAUGUUAGGUGAUAUUGACCUCCGGGCGCCAUUCGACACUGCCUUCGUGUUCUUCCUCAUCUCUGCAGUCUACGUCCAAUUGGCAUUGCCAUACAUCGACCCUGCCUCCAUGACCGACGGGAAGAAAUCAGACAAGGGCGCCAUAGCUGCGUUCCUUGCCCCUCUGAAAAUCCUUAUUCCCCAGCGUCUGCGUCUCGCGGAUGGCCGGAUCAAGAAGCACUAUGGCGUCAUCUUUCUCUGCGCCGGUAUCUUCAUAGGCGUGUUGGCGACAGGCUACGCGCCUCUGCUCAUCCAGAUGUACGCGACCGGAAACCUCGGCUUCUCGCAGGCGGACAACGGAUGGCUCAUGAGCGGGUUCGCAAUGAUGCGCGCGCUCUUCCUAAUCAGCGCGUUCCCCAAGAUCAUCUCCUCCGGCCGACGAUGGAUGACUCCGCCGUCGGCACCCGAGGGCACUAACGAGCAGACCGACGAGGCGCAGCUGCCAACCGACCCGGCCGAGUUCGACGCGCCGGUGGGAGAUCAGGCCGACGAGGAGCCCGUCAAGCCGCCUGCGCACAGCAAGCAGGGGGAUCGCAAGGAGUACCUCUUCGACCUCGUGUUUCUGCGCUGGUCGCUGCUCGUCGACGGCGCGUUGACGACCCUCGCGGCCUUUGCGACGGAGAAGUGGCACAUUUAUCUCGCCACGUUUCUCCUCCCGCUUGGAUCUGGCACGGCGCCGGCAGCAAAGGGAGUGAUCACGGAUAUGUGCUCCGGGUCGCAGCGAGCGGACGCGCUGAACGCAGUGACGCUGGUUGAGAACAUUGCGAGACUGGCGACGCAGGGUUUAUUCGGUUUCGUGUUUUCGACGUUUUCGAAUCUCGGGAUAGCCUAUGUGACCUUCUUCUGUAAUGCGGCCAUUGCGGUGUUGGGAAUGGGGGUUCUGUUGUUUUCGCACUUCCCUCCUGAAGGCGCGCAGGUCAUCGACCAGGAGAAGGACGAAGAUGGAGAUGAGGAGCAAGAGAGGACUGAAGCAUGA